AGACAUUCCUCUUUUUGAGAGAAAAAUAAAUAAACUUAAAAGCAGCAUUGUUCUUUAAGUUGGGUUGUUUCAUUGUCUGAACAAGACAACAAUGGAUCACUUGUCUCAAGAGGAAGAUUUGCACUUCUUCAAUGCAUCAUCUCCAAGUGGUUUUGAUUUUGAUCCUGGAAGUGUUGUGGAGCGGAGGAGGAAGUUCUUGGAGUGGAUGGGAGUAGAACAAGUUCUUGUUCAAUCCAAGAACUCAGAUGAUGAGUCUGUUGAAGCUGCUGAGCAGAGAUCUGAAGGAUACAGUUUCUCUUCUACUCAGGUAUCUUCCUCUGGUUCAAGUGAGGAAUUGUCUCCGAGAGUGGAUAAACAUGUCGGUGGAUGUGAUGUGACGAGAAUGCAAAGCUCUUCAAUGACAUCAUGUUCUGAUUCCAGAUGUUGUCAGGUGAAGGAAACCGAGAAGCAGAGGAACCUCACCAGUUUCAAGAAGGGAUGGUUAACAAGGCUACGGUCUAUGAGAUGUUCCGCGGAUACAAAGAUCGAAUCAUGUAGUGGGAUCAAAGAUUCUUCUUGUGGCUAUGGUGGUGUGCUUUCAAGAGUUAAGGUCAAGCAUUACAAGAAACAAACCAAAGAGCUUUCAGCUCUUUAUCAUAGUCAAGAUAUUAAAGCACACAAUGGUUCCAUUUCGGCUAUGAAAUUUAGCUGCGAUGGGAAGUAUCUUGCAAGCUCUGGUGAAGAUGGGAUCGUACGUGUGUGGGAAGUCAUAGAGGAUAAAAGAUCUAAACUACAAAGAGAUUACCUAAACCCUUCGUGUAUGUACUUUGAGCUAAACGAUCUUUCCCAGUUGAAACCGAACAAGACCAGAGAAAGUUUCAAGAAAACAUCUGAUUCGGCUUGUGUUGUCUUCCCUCCUAAAGUUUUCCGGAUAAUGGAGAAACCUUUGCAUGAGUUCCGAGGCCACACAUGUGAAGUCUUGGACAUCUCAUGGUCAAAGGAUAAUUAUCUUCUCUCUGCUUCAAUGGAUAAAACUGUUCGGUUAUGGAAAGUUGGUAGCAAUUCUUGUCUUGGAGUUUUCACUCACAAUAGUUAUGUAACUUGUGUUCAGUUCAACCCGGUUAAUGAGAACUACUUCAUGAGUGGUUCAGUUGAUGGAAAAGUUAGAAUAUGGAACAUUUCUGGUUGCAACGUUGUUGAUUGGGCUGAUCUCAAAGACAUUAUAUCAGCAGUGUGUUAUCGUCCGGAUGGACAGGGAGGAGUUGUUGGUUCUCUGACCGGAAGUUGCAGAUUCUUUAACAUGUCUGGAGAGUAUUUAGAGCUGGACUCUCAGAUACAUUUUCAUAACAAAAACAAGUCUACAAAUAAAAGAAUAACUAGUUUCCAGUUUUUACAUCAAGACUCUACCAAAGUCUUGGUUGUUUCCGCAGAUUCCAAAGUCAGAAUACUCCAAGGAAACGAUGUUGUUAGAAGAUACAAAGAGUCUUCUACAUCUGAUGGAAAGCACAUUGUUUCAGCUUGUGGGGACUCCAAUGUAUAUAUAUGGAACAAUGAGGAGGCAUCAGAUUCUUCUUCUUUUUCUCAAACCAAAAGGAUUCGAUCUUUUGAACGUUUCUCCACCAAUGCAUCAGUUGCAGCAACCUGGUGUGGAUUCUCAGACCACAACAAAACGAUCCCGUUUUUUUCACCAGCUUGCUUGUCUCUCAAGGAAGGGUUUGUCACUGGAUCAGUUCCCAAGGGAAACGCGACGUGGCCAGAGGAAAACCUACCCGAAAAUCCGCUCUCUUCGAUGACAGCGUCUCAGUACAAAUUUCUCAAGUCCUCAUACCAGAGAGCUACUAGUAGCUCUCUAGCUUGGGGUAUGGUCAUUGUCACAGGUGGUUGGGACGGACGAAUCAGAACAUUUCAGAACUACGGCUUGCCUGUGAACGUAACUUGAAGAGUCACAAGCACAUGGUUCCAAUGGCUCAAAAUACUAUUUUAGUCGUAAAGACAAUCAUCCUGUAGAAAAAUAUAACAAGAAGGGUCAGUGAGAGACUUCAUCGGUUGAUGUAGGCGCAGAGAAACAGGUGUUUCUUCUUUUUUUUUGGCACUAAGUGUCGGUUUGAGAUAGUUUCAAAAGAGUACGGAUUUGUCUGAAAAUCCUUGACAAGUGGUUGGUUUGUAGGCUGUAGGAGAAAGAUAAAAGGUUCUUACUGUAGUGACAGAUUUUGUCGUGUCUAACGGUGUUGUUUUUGAGUUAUAUCAGUUUAUUUUGGAUUUCAUUUCCACUUGUGUCAGUGUGUGUGGUGAUGAGUCAUGAGAGAAGCAAAGAAUCAAUUGAUUGUUAGACAGAGGCUCCGGAGUUUGUAAAAUUAUA